UGCCUUUGAACGGCAACCAAACAGACCCAAUACGGACUUGUAAUUAUUAGAGUUAUUUUAUACAUUUCGUCUCUCUCUCUCUCUCUCCGAUUCUAAGACGAGUCGGUGAAGCCACGGUCGAUGAUAGCUGACGUUAUUUUCUCGAGAAAAUAUGAAAGCCAGAGAAAAUAUAGAGGAUUGAAUUAUACAGAAGACUUGUCAUCACCAAGUAAAUUACAGGUUUGGUUCAUUCACCUUCAGAACAAGUAUAGUAAAUUUUUUGAGGUUUUGUGCUGCAGUCCUUUUGGCAUUCCAUACAAUAUUCAGGCCUUCAUGCAGAAAGGAGCCAUAUUGAUAACUUAAAUUAUAUGAUUCUUUUGUCUGCAAUUUUAUUGGACUACAAUGUCUGUUCCCUGUCAAGAAACAAGUCGAGAUAACCCAAUCGACAAAUACCCUUUGCUCAUGGAGCGGCCAGAGAACCAUGAAAGUCAUGAACAUGUUAUUGACAUAGAAAGGGGUCAUGACGCUUCUUCAUCGGGUUCAUGUCAUAAUGAGUCUCCUCGUGGCUUGAGUCUGCCCGCUGACGAAGGGAGACCAUCAAGUAGUGCCCGGGUUCCUAUAACUCAAACUACUUCAACUUUAUCCAAUGGAUCAAACACUAGGAGUUCCUCACUCUCGAGAAGAGGGGAAGGUUCUGGCCGUCGUCAUCGGAGCCCAUUUAAUACUGUGUUAUGGCUUUCCAUUGAGCUGGUGUUCACUUUAGGCCAAAUUAUUGCUGCCAUUGUUGUAUUGUCAGUGUCAACAAAUGAGAACCCACAAACUCCAUUAUUUGCUUGGAUUGUGGGUUAUGCAGCUGGGUGUGCCGCAAGUCUUCCAAUCCUUUACUGGCGUUAUCUCCACCGCCAUCAAGGUACUGAGCAGGGGUCGACUCAAAUGCGUCAGGGCUCUUCUCAAGGCAACUCUGCAUCAGAACCAAAUUCUUACAUUAAUAUUGCAUUAACUCGGUCCUCAGAUGAGGAAGAUCGUCAGAAUACAUCUAGAGGGACUUGGAAUGGUCAAACAAUGGAAGCUCCAAAUGCUAGGCUCAGUGUACUAAUGGACCACUUUAAGAUGGCCUUGGAUUGCUUCUUUGCAGUGUGGUUUGUAGUCGGCAAUGUAUGGAUUUUUGGAGGCCACUCGUCUUCUUCUGAUGCUCCCAACUUGUAUAGAUUAUGUAUUGUGUUCCUUACCUUUAGCUGUAUUGGGUAUGCUAUGCCCUUCAUUUUAUGCGCAUUAAUAUGCUGCUGCUUGCCUUGCAUUAUUUCAAUCUUGGGUGUCCGUGACGAUAUGAAUCGAAUGAGAGGAGCCAGUGAAGAAAUCAUUAAUGCUCUGCCAACAUACAAAUUUAAGUUAAAAAAAGGUGGAAGCAGCAAUAGCAGAGCAUGUAAUUCAGGAGUUGAUGAAGGUGGUUUUAUAGCAGUAGGAACGGAAAAGGAGCGUGCCAUUUCUGGGGAAGAUGCUUUAUGUUGUAUUUGCUUGGCAAAAUAUGCCGAUAAUGAUGAGAUGAGGGAGCUUCCUUGUGCACAUUUCUUCCAUAUGGAAUGCGUGGAUAAAUGGCUGAAGAUCAAUGCUUCAUGUCCCCUUUGCAAAUAUGAGAUCGGUGAGAGCAAUGAGAUCUUGGCAGCUACAGUAGAUUCCAGUCAGCAAACGUGAAGUGGUCAAGGAUUUAAAUUACUGGGGAUGUUAUGCAAUCAGUCUGGAAUUCUCUAGCCUUUUGAAUGGGGAGAAGUUCUCUUGGACUGAUUCUUGACCUAUUUUUUGGCCAUCAAGUCGGGUGUUGUACAGAGUCAAAUCAAGAGUCUUCGACAAGCUUAUAUGAUAAAUUGUAUUUCAAUUGAAAUUUAUAAAUGAAAAUACAAGAUUGAAGGUUGUGAAAUUCA